GUGAACUGGCUGCCAUACGAGCGCAAGCCACAUGAGGUAGAGCCUAGGACACUUUAUUUCGGAUACCUUAGGUACCGGGAUAUUGUGGAGCCCUACAUGCCUCUGCGGUGUUUGCGUCAGUUAGGCUACGUCCAGAUUGUCCCUCUUGGCAUUUACCGUCUGACACAGGUAAAUAGGCCUUGUGAGUCUCAGUCGUACACGGUUGAGCAUGCUGAUAAUGCAGCCGAGGAUAGCUGGAACCAGUUCUCGGUCCCUCAUUCUCUGCACUUGUCUGAUUUUACGGAGACCCCCGUAGAUGAUCGAGGGCAGACCCAUCGAGACUAUCUGAGAUGGUAUGAGCGGGUUUAUCAUCCUAGACUUCUGCCUCAGACUCUGCCGGACGCCGACGCGAUCCCUGCGCGCGCCAACUACGAUUAU